GGGUCAAUGUCUUUUCCCUGCAACCAUUCCCAUUUUCAAGUGUCUGGAACAGACUUUGCUCCCAAUCUAGUGAGACUAUGAGAGUGAAACUUCAGUUUCUCCUGUAUAAAUGAAUGACUGCCAUUCACUCCAUUGGGAAACAAGAGGUGAUGUCUGACACUGGAGGAUCCAGAAAGCAAACAGACUUUUUAAAAAAUAAUUAUUUUUUGCUUGUCCUUGCCCCCCAAUCUCGUCAGACCUCAGGCCUCUACCUCCAGGCCAUUUUCCGAUGAGGAAUCCUCUGGCUGAGAUAUGACAAGGAACAUCACUAACAUUGUUUGCCUGUUGACAUCUAAAAACUAUAUUGGGCAAUAAUUCAGAACCAAGCAUUGGUUGGUGUUCAGGUGGCUGCCUGGAGUUGGCUUUCUGCCUUGCUUCCACUUGGUAGGGCAGGUUAAGAGAAGCCAAGAAUAAACUAUAAAAACUUUCCAGUGGUUACUUUUCCCAAAAUAACUGAGGCGGAAUAGGUUAGUGACCAUGUGGGCGUCAAGGAAAAAAGAUAAACAAGUCAAAGAAUACGUCAUUGACUUGUUGUGUCGCUAGCUAGUAUUGCCAUCUCUUUUUAAUAUAAAUUACAUUUGCCAAUGUCUUUUCUGCCAUAAUGCAAAGUAAAGUUAAAAUUGCUGCUAAUAUUGCAUUAAAACUGACCUGAAGUAAAAAUUAAGUUUCCAACCAGCCAGGGGCAUUGAUGAAGUAGCCUGACCCUUGAUGUUUAGCAUCAGAUCCUGAAUCUCCUAUAGAUUCCACCUUUUUAAAAACGCGAAGGCUCUUCUGCCUUCUGUUUUACUCGGCUUUUGGAGCAGUUGCUUGCACUGCUAAGUGGAGUGCUGGUCACUCCCCAACCACCUGUAUCUCCACAGUUAGGACCAGCAGGACAUAGCUGAGUUCUCCAGCGCAUGGUUGGAGAAGCAGCAACUCUAAUUUUGUGCUUUGCCAACUCCUUGUAGCAGCCAUGUUGUGUUGUGUUAUGCCAUGCCCCAGUGGCACACAUGUUGUGACUUGCAUCCCUUCACUCUCUUGGGUGGAAUCUAGACACAUAUAAAAAUAUAUUGAAUUUACCAUAGUUCCCCAUCGCCAUCUAGUGUCACAUUUUAUGAUGCACUGUACAACACACUUAAAACAUUUUAUUUGCAGGUGUAUAGCUAAGUCCUGAGACUUCAGAAUGUGCCCACUGGUCAAAAACAGCUGGCAACUCCUUCUAUACACAUGUUUGUUUGGAAGCAAGUGUUCGGAGGGUUACAAACGUAGGCUUUUAUCUUUCAGUUACCCAUAACUUGUCAGAUAGUGCAAAUAAAUUGCCGUACUUUUCCAUGUAUAAGACUAGGGUUGUUGUUUUUUACUCUAAUGUUAAAAAACAGGGGUUGUCUUAUGCAUGGAUAGUGCAUGGGGGGACUUUCUUAAAUCUGAGUUUCCCCAAAUAUUGUCUUAUACACGAGGGCGAGUGUUAUACAUAGAAAAAUACGGUACUUCUGGUGGAGUAUCCUAUCUUCAUUUAGUAGGAAAUAACUGUGUAUCCCUUGCUACAUGUAACUAAUGGAAAAUGUUGCAUUGCCAAGAAGGGAUAAUGUACCAUACUUCCCAGUUUGAAAACAACACAGCUCUUCUGCUGCUUGGGUUUCAGUGGCCAGUAGAAUACUUCUUGGCAAAACUACCCCUUUCAUUCAUACUUAAGUCUUUAGCGAGGGAGAUUGUGCUGCUGGAUAUGGAGAAGAUUCUGCACAAGCGGCGUCCUAAUGCUGUCCACACAUUAAUUGUUCAAGGUGUUGUCUUGCUUGACACUUAAAAAACAAAACAAAGCCAACCAUGGGGAUUUUCAUGAUGGCCUAGUUUUGCUUUUGGGCAAACUCCCUUAAUCUGUCUACUUCUGAGCAUUAGAGAGAGGGUGUGUCGUGCAGCCUUUGAAUUAAGAAAUAUAUCUUUUUAAAGAGUCAAUUUAUGAGAUGGGGGGAAGCUUGUUUGUCAUAACACUUUCGCCGUGUGUGUGUGUGAGAGAGAGAGCAAGAGAGAGGGAGAUUCUUGGAUUGGAACGGCUCACUGUGAGAGCACUCGGUCUUUAAUGAAGAAAUGAAAUAAUAAUGGCUUAUAUCCGGAGAACUCUGUUUUACGUGCGCAACUGGAAUUCCCCUCCCCCCACCGUUUCCACUACAGCUCCUCUUUCCUUCCCUCCAAAGACACUCCUGAGAGGGUACCCUUCAGGACAGUGUGGGAUGCUCCAUGGCUGAAGUGAUGGGCUAGGCUGGGAGAGGAAGAGACCUCUCCCCUGGGUACAGCGCCUUCUGCUCAUGCAAGGGACACGGGAUCCAAGACAAUAUCUCUCCUGUUUUAUACAGUGCUUCAAAAAAAGUAAGAGCUUAGAACAUAGGAAGCUGCCUUAAUACUGGGUCCCACCAUCAGUUUAUCAUCAGACUCAGUAUUAUCUACUCUGACUCCAAAGUUCCAGGUAGGGGACAUUCCCAGCCCUACAUAGAGAUGCUGGGAGUGGAAAGUAGAAACCCUCUCCAUGCAAAGCAGAUGCUCCGUAGGCUCACCGUUGAAAGAAUAACUGAAGAAGAGGAGUAUAUUUCAAAGGGGUAGAGGAUAAAGGGACAGUCAUGGAGGAAAAGGUUGGGGGGGGGAGAGCAAGGUCUUCUGUUGCUAUUUAAAUCUAUAAAGACAGGUGAGGAUGCCCAUAUGCUGGGAGGCAGGCCAGGCCAUAGGAAUGGAGUGGAAAGUGUGAAAGGAUGGAGCCAGAAGAGAGAGAAAAUCUUCCUAAAGGCAACCUUUAAUCAAUUGCAGUCAAUUUGCAUUUUGCCCAUAGAACGCCCUUCCUGUGAGUGAGGAGUAAUGCUUCAGUAUCUUUGCUGUGUGCAUCAGUCCAAAUGCACGCACCAUUUCCAGGCUAUGCAGCGCUGGCAAUGCAAAAUAUAUUACAUUAAUAUGUGAAACUCCUUUCGAAAGUGGAACCAUUUUUUCUUGCUGUUCCCUACUCCCACCCACAUGCAAUUGGAGUUCUGUUUCUUACCCUAUUCUGUGUAUCAUUGUGAGUCUGCCUUUUCUAAUUUCCUUCCUCUUUAUAACUGUUACUCAUUAUCUUUUCCUCUAAAUCUCCACCUUUUCUGUCCCCUGGUGACGAUUACUUGUCAGCUUUUAUUCCCGUAAAUAUAUAAAUAAAGAUAGUUAUAUCUUUAUUUGACACCGGUGAUAGGAUAUCAUUCACUGGUGCACCUGAGGGGCAGCAGGGUAGCUUAGGAGGCAAGCGCAAGGUUUUGUGACCAUUCAGCCUGGGAGGAACAGCGGUGUGUCGCCCGUGGAAAACAAAUUAAGGCAACAUGGAUAUCUCGGUUCUACACUUAUAUUGAACAAGUACAGAAUUCGGUACUAGUUUAUCCUAGGAUUUUUAGCUUCUCAUUGGAAACCUAGAAAGAUGGGAAAAUAAAGCUGCCUUUAAGAAAUGCAAAAUACCAUGCUCUCAUCCAAGAAAAUAACAGCCCCCCCCUGCUGUCAUAAGGGCUGCAAGUGAAGACGGCACUCUAUUUUGAUCCUUCAUCAAGUCUUUGCUGUGAUCAUACAGUGAAAAGAGGCGUCUUCCCCAUGACAACAUGUCAGCAAAAGAUACCAGCCCCCGCCAUGGUGCAAAAUCCCGCACUGUGCAGCGGGCCUCAACUAUUGAUGUCACGACUGACAUGUUAGAUUUGUCUUUGGCCGGUAACAGCCAAGAUCCGGAUGAGCCAAUCUUAGAAUUCAGUUUAGCUUGCAGCGAGCUCCUUACCCCAUCGCUAGAUAGAAAGCCAAAUAGUUUUGUAGCAGUGAGUGUAACUACACCACCUCAGGCAUUCUGGACAAAGCAUGCUCAGACAGAGAUAAUUGAGGGAACAAGCAACCCUAUCUUUCUAAGCAGUAUUGCCUUUUUUCAAGACUCUCUUAUUAACCAGAUGACACAAAUAAAACUUUCUGUAUAUGAUGUUAAAGAUAGAUCUCAGGGAACUAUGUAUCUAUUGGGUUCUGUGAUGUUCACUGUAAAGCAGCUACUUAAGGAGAGUAACCAUAGAUUGCAUUUAACACUAAGAUCUGCUGAAAGUGAUCGUGUUGGUAACAUUACAGUCAUAGGGUGGCAAGUGGAAGAAAAAACAGACCAAAGGCCUCCAGUUACCAGGUCUCCUGACACCAUCAAUGGAAGGACCGUGCUGUCAGUUGAUGAAAGUUUAACAGAAUCUUUAGGAAUCCGAUCCAAAUAUGCUUCAUUACGGAAAGACGUGUUGUUAAAAUCCGUGUUUGGAGGGGCUAUUUGUCGGAUGUAUCGCUUCCCCACCACUGAUGGGAACCACCUGCGGAUCUUGGAGCAAAUGGCAGAGAGUGUGCUCUCCCUACACAUUCCCAGACAGUUUGUGAAACUGCUACUUGAGGAAGAUGCUGCCAGGGUUUGUGAACUUGAAGAACUGGGAGAGCUCUCCCCUUGUUGGGAAAGUCUUCGUCGGCAAAUAGUUACUCAGUACCAAACGAUUAUUCUGACGUACCAGGAAAACCUCACAAAUCUUCACCAGUACAAAGGUCCAUCGUUCAAAGCAAGUAGCCUGAAAGCUGACAAAAAGCUGGAAUUUGUGCCCACAAAUUUACACAUACAGCGAAUGAGAGUCCAAGAUGAUGCAGGAUCAGAUCAGAACUAUGAUAUUGUAACUAUAGGAGCACCAGCAGCUCACUGUCAAGGAUUUAAGUCUGGAGGCCUGCGGAAAAAGCUGCACAAAUUUGAAGAUGCCAAGAAACACAGUUAUGAGGAAUGUUGCGCUUCGACCAAUACCCAGUCAAUAGUGUACAUACCACAAGAUAUUAUCCGAGCAAAGGAGAUUAUUGCACAGAUCAAUACCCUGAAAACUCAAGUUAGUUACUACGCAGAAAGACUCUCCAGAGCUGCCAAGGACAGAUCCGCCAAUGGGCUUGAAAGAACACUUGCCAUUCUGGCAGAUAAGACACGGCAGCUUGUCACCGUCUGCGACUGCAAACUGCUGGCAAAUUCAAUACAUGCGCUGAAUGCUGCAAGACCAGAUUAUAUAGCUUCAAAGCCCUCCCCAACCUCUGUAGAGGAAGAGCAAGUGGUGCUGAGGAAUGACCAAGAUACCCUGGUGGCCAGGUGGACAGGAAGAAAUAGCCGGUCUUCUCUACAAGUGGACUGGCAUGAAGAAGAAUGGGAAAAAGUCUGGGUGAAUGUUGACAAAAGUCUUGAAUGCAUUAUCCAGAGGGUGGACAAACUCCUCCAGAAAGAGCGUUUACAUAGUGACAGCUGUGAAGACGUUUUUCAGUGUGACACCAGCUGUUCUAGCAAGAAAGGUAAACGGGAUACCCGUGCGUACUGGAUAAAGCCACGCACCUCAUCAUCAUCAUCUUCAUCAUCCCCACCAUCUUCAUCCAUAUCAUCCUCUGCAUGCCAUUGUCCCCAUGACACAAAUUGCAGUCCUACUCCUGAAGAGUCUGGCCCAGGUGAAUGGAGUGAGGCCCUUUACCCAUUGCUGACAACACUCACAGACUGCGUAGCCAUGAUGAGUGACAAGGCAAAGAAAGCGAUGGUCUUUCUCUUGAUGCAAGAUAGUGCCCCUACAAUAGCUCUUUGCUUGAGCCUUCAGUACCGACGGGAUGUUGUCUUUUGCCAAACUCUCACAGCCCUCAUCUGUGGCUUCAUUAUCAAGCUGAGGAAUUGCCUGCAUGAUAAUGGAUUUCUGAGACAGCUCUACACCAUUGGUCUGCUGGCACAGUUUGAAAGCCUUCUGAGCACUUAUGGUGAAGAGCUGGCAAUGCUAGAGGAUAUGAGUGUUGGGAUAAUGGACUUGAGGAAUGUAACGUUUAAAGUAACUCAGGCAACAUCAAAUGCAUCUGCUGACAUGCUACCAGUAAUUACAGGAAAUCGGGAUGGGUUCAAUGUGAGAAUUCCACUGCCAGGCACCUUGUUUGAUGCACUGCCCCGUGAAAUUCAGAGUGGCAUGUUACUGAGAGUUCAGCCUGUUCUCUUCAAUGUGGGGAUAAAUGAACAACAAACCUUAGCAGAGAAGUUUGGAGACACCUCUUUACAAGAAGUGAUUAACAUGGAAAGCUUAGUGCGGUUGAAUUCCUACUUCGAGCAGUUCAAAGAAGUUUUGCCUGAAGACUGUCUACCUCGAUCUCGUAGUCAAACGUGCCUGCCUGAACUGUUACGGUUUCUUGGACAGAAUGUACAUGCAAGGAAAAAUAAGAAUGUUGAUAUUCUUUGGCAAGCUGCUGAGAUUUGCCGCAGACUCAACGGUGUUCGGUUUACAAGCUGUAAAAGUGCCAAGGAUAGGACUGCCAUGUCAGUGACUCUAGAGCAGUGUCUAAUAUUACAGCAUGAACAUGGAAUGGCUCCACAGGUCUUCACACAAGCCCUGGAGUGCAUGAGAAGUGAGGGUUGUCGAAGAGAAAAUACAAUGAAGAAUGUUGGAUGUCGCAAGUAUGCAUUUAAUUCCCUGCAGCUGAAGGCUUUCCCCAGGUAUUACAGGCCUCCUGAAGGAACUUAUGGAAAAGUUGAAUCAUAAGAUCACUCUGUCCUGUAAUUAGUUGUUCCAUUAAAAAGAAAUGUGGAUACACUCAAUUUUAGUAUAUGAACUUUGACAACAAUGUCAGAAACAAUUUUUUGUAUGUUUCACUACUUAAUACCGAGCAUGUACUUUUAUUAAAUUGGAUUCCAUAGGAAAAAUAUUUACUGACCCUUUAUAACAUGAAAAUGUGAUGACCGUCUGCUCAUGUAACUAGCCAUCAAUGUAUGUAAGAUGCCUGUUCCAUUGAUUUCUUACUUACAUGCCUAAAUAAGAAAGGUCUGUACUGUUGAUGAUUUUAUGAAUGAAAUUUAGGCAGCUGUUUCACACAUCUUUUUAUACUGAUUUGAUUUGAGAUUAAGACUUUCAUAUAAUACUUUUUUUAAAAAACCUCAGACUUUGUAAAUAGUAAAUGAAUUGGAUGUGAGGCAGUUUGAUAAGUACAAGCAGCAUUGUUAUGCAGGAAAAGCUAAAACUCAGUUUUUAAGACAGUGCAGCACAGUAAUAUAAAUGCCAGGACCUUAAAAUGUUUUCCUUUAGGUAGGACACUAUCAUAUAAGUGGUGUGUACUAUACAGCAUCAGGAAUUGACACAAAGCCCAGAUCAAAAACUGGACUGGACCCAUGAUUCUUUCAGUUGUCUUUAGAAAUUUUACAAUUCUAUACGUUUGAAAUGUAGGGUCAAGGAAGAGAGAGUUGCACAUGGCAAAAUAGUUAAUGUGAUUUGUAAUGCUCUGGGCAGAGGACUCAAAAGACAAGUUGUUGUUGUUUAGUCGUGUCUGACUCUUCGUGACCUCAUGGACCAGAGCAUGCACAUUCUUAACUGGCAUUGUAAAUUAGAUACAAAAGCGCAUUCUGGUUUGGCAUUUGAAGUGCCAAGGAGGCCGAGUCCCCUGCAUAUCUGCGUCAUCAGAGGCAUCCAACCUAUUUCAGUUUGCACCUCUUUCUGUUGAUAUCCAUCAGCCUACUACACACAGCAAUGCCAUUCAGUGGAAGACAAAUAUUGAGAAAUUCUCUCUCUCUUUUCAUGCACAAGAUGAUAUUAUACAACUUCACUUGUGCAAGCAGCUGUUUGAAAGCCUUUUGCCAAGUAUGCUUGCUGGAUUUACAGCUGGGUUCUAUAACUAAAUUAGAUGCACUUUAACCAUUUGGAAUUGGUGGUUCCUUACUUUCCUCUAUGUCUUCAGCCUUUCAAAUAUUUUUACUGUAUUAUAUUUAACUUUUACUAGGAGUAGACCCAUUGAUAUUAAAGGCCAUGACUACUGGUAAUUUAGACCCACUAAUUUCAGUGAGUCUACUCUGCGUAAUAGUUGAAUAUAGCCCAUAGGUAAUGAAAACUAUUAAGUACAUAAGGGAUUCCUACUUUCAGAUCAUUGUUUUACACAAAAGCCAAAUGUUUCUCUCAUGAAGCCAUAAUUCAUUGAUGAUAAGGCUACACAUUGAACUGGUAUAGGUGUAACACUAAACCAUAGUUCAGUGUUAUGUGAAUGAGCUGAGCUCACACCUCCGCAAUUACAACUUUGAUGAGGAGUUGGGAACUACUACUUUUUAAACCAGAUGCAGUUUAUUGGUAUCAGGGGUGCCAACUUAAAUAAAAUAUUGGGGGCCCAGGCAAGUCCUGCCCCACAUAAUUGAUACGGGAAUGGCACAUGCACACCAUUUGAAUGGCAAUGCCCAUCAACUUUGGGAGGGUCCAGCCCCCUCAAAAAAAGGGGGGCGGGAAGGGACCUCAGACCCUAGGAGUUGGCUCCUAUGAUUGUUAUGCCCCAAAGGAACAAACAGUUAGUUUAAACUAUGGUUCAUUGAAACAAGUCUGGCCCAAACCAUAGUUUAUGAUAUUGGCUUGUCUCAACAAAUCUUAGUUUAAGCUAACUAUUUAUCCCUUUCAGACAGAACAAUAAACUGCAGCUUGUUAAAGACAGGAAUCGGAAGUUUCCAAGCUACUCCUCAAACUUCUGUUUAAGGCAGGAAGUUGAUGCAUCUCUUCUCCUCCUUGGCCUACCCUGGAAGAGGAGAUGGAAGUGUAUCAGUUUGAGAGACACUGCUGCUUGUUUACAUAAUGCUAAUUUGUGGUUCAGAAUUAUGUCUGAACUGGACCACUGUCUUCCAAUGGGAGAUGGUCAUGUGAAAAGCCGCUAUUUAACAAAACUACCCUUUAGAAAGACAGGCAUUAAUAUUAAUUGAUUGCACCAGUACAAAAUGCAAAUGUGUGAAUAAUGCUUAAGGUAGAAUAAUACAGUCUUCUGUUGAUAUGUGACCAGCAGCAAAACAAAAGUGAAAUUAAGCAGUGAUUUUUUAAAAAAUCAUGUCAUGCUUAAUCUUCUGUAGAGUUGUUUAAUCCAGUAUAUAAUAGCCAUGAUAACAUUUUCAUACCAAGACCCAGGACAAACAUCUACACUUUUAACGUCUAUUGAAAUUAGUGAUGUUUAUGUAUAAUAACUAUGUUUAGGAUCAUGGGCCCUGUAAUGGAAAUGGGAAAUGUGGUUCAAUUAUUCUCCACAAAAUAAGAACCCAGUAUACAUGGGACAUUUUCCAAUUGUGUGUUACUUUCCCAGCUAUUUAUAUUUGCACUUUAAUUUCGCAAAGGUUUUCAUUGUUUAUUCUAGGCCUACAGACAUUUGUUAUACUAUUUGCUUUUCGCAGUUUGAUGGCUUAGCUGUGUUGUUACAUGUGCUAGUCAUGAUUUUGCACUAAUCAUGAUUUUGGUAAACUAGUCGUUUAUUGCUGUUUCAGCCUUGUUUGCAGUUUCAGUGCUAUGAAUGCUAUGUAACAUGUUUAACCUCAAACUCUGCACCAAGUGUAAACGUUUUUGGUCCAUGUUGAAAUUGUACUAUUGGGAAAACUCAUCCCGAUAUAGCAUAAAUGUGCAUUAUUUUGUAUUUAUGUUCACCACUCAGUGUAUUUUUGUACAUAUUAAUCAUGUACUUAAACACCUAAGUUAUUAUUUUUCAGCUUUGGAGGAAGGGCUACUGAGUUAUUAGAGAAGAUUUCAGUAAUUUAAUGAUUCCCUAAAACUUUGGCAAGCAAUGUUUUUAGAAAACAGCACACAGAAUACUGUCAGCCAUCUCUUAGAGCCAUAGGGUGUAUUUCCCCAUUCUUUUAAUGGGAAAGGGAAGCUGAAACUUUAGGCCAGGUUGGCUAGUAUAAAUAUUCAGGAUUACAUUUCUAGCUAUUUUUAGCUAUUCCCCCUCUAAAUAACAACGAGCCUUUAUUUUACAUGCCUACUUGAAUUACACUACGGAAAAUUGUUUGUUUUUACAAUGUUUCAUUCACUUCGGUGAGGUUCUGUGGAUAGAAAUGCAUUAUCCAGCAUUGGAAUACUUAUAUGAAGAAUUUCCAAACUCCUCAUAUGUGUCCUUUGAACCCCUCACUUUUUUUAAGAUACCAAGCUAUAGUACUGCAUUAAUUAUAGGGAAGGGGUUCAAUAUUCUGAUUAUCUUUGGGUUGUUUGCAAUAUGUAGAACAACUUUCCCCAUGUAAUAUUUUAUAAAGAGAUUUUGACAUAUACAUAGAUAGGAUUCCAUUGAGGACAAACUGAAUAGAGCUUAAUGGAAAAUUGAAAACUUUGAAAACAUAAAUCCAUAUUAGGAAAAUUCAUUUAAUUGUUUUAUUUGAGUGGCGGAUUGCACAGAAAAGGCAUUCUUAAAGAAUACUAUAACAUGAAUUCUAACUAAUUUUUUUAGUACAUUUUAGAAAUGAAACCUACUAAAGGGGUAUAAAAGAAACUGCUGCUAAGUCUGUUUGUCUCUUAAAACACCCACAGCACAGUUGCCUUUUCGGUUUCAUUUAUGUAUGUAGAGCUGUUGUAAAAUAGAGCACUGUUUUUGUCUCAACACAGUUGUAUUUGCCAAGCUUGGGGCAUUGAAAAGUUUAUUUUAUUUAUUUGUUUUGGGGCAGUAUUAAUAUACCAUAAACAUAUGAUUACUGUUUUAUAUAGUCAAUUCUUCCAAUCCAUGUAUGCUGUAAAUGUGCUAGUCUUUAGGGAUAAAAUAAUAAAGAACUGACAAGAAUGCUGAGAUUAGUAUUUUUGUUUCAUUAAAAACAUGAUAAAAUACACUGCAACUUUCAAGGCUUUAGGCCGUCUAUUAUAUUAUACUUUCUAGGGUUUUCCUACUAGCAGGGGUGUCGGGAUUUUCUGGGCCCAGUACAUUGUAUCUUGACUGGAACCUCUAACCACUUGCAAAAGAGGAUGCACAUUUGCAUGCAACCUGUAUCUGCAAAUCUAUGUUCUCUUUUGCAGAUGGAGGGUCCCAAAACACAAUGGCGAACGGUGCCGCUUGGCUGCCUGUGGCGGCACAUACGCAGUCCACCCUGGCGCGUGCGCCGCUCACCGCCACGAUGCAGCCUGACGGACUGCGCUUGUCCGCACAAGCACAGUCCGUCUGUGGUGGUUGGCGCGCUCAGCUGGAGAAAGCAAGGGGCGGGCCAGUGGUGCUGCUCGGGUGGCGCACUCAGCCGGAGGUGAGGGCAACGGCGCGCUUGGCCGGAGGAGACGAGGGGCGGGCCAGGGGCUGGCGGUGCUACCCCCGUGCACUGCCCCCGCUAGACUGGAGCUAGGGACGUCCCGCCCCUCCCUUGCUAUGCCCGUGCCAAAACAUAACUUCUAGGUGGUACAACCACCCAGGAAAGAUGCAUCCUGGUUGCUUUUUUUAAAAAAAGCAACUCAUAUUCCAAGGGCCUGGGCUAGAUCAGUUGGUUAUGGCAAACCAACCAGAUGGGCAGGGUCCUAAAAGACUGCUGUUUUCCCCAUCCCCUUUCCUAUUUCUUUCGCCUGGUAUCCAAACAACUCACUCAUCAGUCGCAGCUCUGACUUUGCUCAAAGGCUAAAAACAUGGGUGGAAAUUUCACAGAAAUUGCUUAGAUGGGUACCUUUCUUUCGUCAUCAUCCCCACAAGUGCUAGCAUAUUACUUUUUUUCUUUUAAUGUAAGUAUGGCCACCUGCUAGUGUGGGUUCAGUACAUCAGUAUCCUUGUACCUACAAGCGGUUGCAUUUUCUUUUAAAUUUUUAUUUAAAGAUUUGUUUUUAUUGUUGAUAAAGGUGGUCCUACUAUUGUGCCUUUAUUUAUUAAUAAGGACAAAUAGACAUUUUAUUUAUCAGUAUAUAUAGGGCCAAAUCUUUGUGUGGCUUACAAUGAAGAUAAGCUAAAGAUGCUGUUUGGUACAAUAUAUUGCAGAGAUGGUAUAGAACUGGCAUCCCCAAACUGCGGCCCUCCAGAUGUUUUGGCCUACAACUCCCAUGAUCCCUAGCUAACAGGACCAGUGGUUAGGGAUGAUGGGAAUUGUAGUCCAAAACAUCUGGAGGGCCGAAGUUUGGGGAUGCCUGGUAUAGAAUGAUUUAUAAUUUAAGGGAUUCGAGAUUUAGGCUAUAAGGUCAUACAUCUUAUGUUUAUCAAACAGCAGCUUCCCCCACCCCCCACCGAAAAAAGCAAGCCACUUCUGAAACUAAGGGAACUCGGUGUUCAAUACUAUAUGACAAGGGGUUGCUGAUCUAAUAAUGUAAGGGGGGGG